AUGGAUUGGUUGCCUCUAUGCCUUUUGUGUGGCCAUGGCCAACAAGAGCCCCGUUCAAACCAGCUUGCAGUUAUCCAGAUCCCCGGAAAUAAAAGAUGCGGAUUUCAGCUCUCCGGGGUCACCAUUCACAAUGGCUGGGAUUGUGAAAGUCCUUCUAGGCUCCCAAAGGACCCUGAUGAGUUAAUCCUGAGGCCGAAAAUUGGUUUCAUAAGAGUGUACGCUGGCAUGUCCAGGACUAACGCUAACCGGCUAAGCCAUAAAGCCUAUUCUAUGCACGAACAGUGCUGGGUGUUGAUGACACGGGUUCUGGACGUGGACCUUAUUGAGGAGCAUCUUGAUCUCUUUGUCAGGGCACUAUGCCAUCAAGCGAAGCGGAAUGAGUUCGAGCCCGACGAUUUGCUUGCUGAUGAUUACCCGGAACAUUGGGGUCAACUAGACAGGUUUUAUCACAGAUCAAAGGAGUAUCUCAAAAUCCAUAAGAACGGACAGCAUCCUUCCAAGGGGUGCUGUGUUCCUCGAGACCCUCUCAACGUCCCGGAACUUCGUGGUUUGCUUCGUCAGUCGGAAAAGAUUCGACGAGAGACACGAAAUAGCAAGACCCCAAUAUUCCCCUAUACCCCAUCCAGAUCGAGCACUAGCAACAUCACCGUUCCCAUGGAUGUUGUCCUCAUGAUCAUGGACCUUCUUCCGGGCCGACGGAAUAUCAAACUCCUCCUGUGGGUAUUUCCCCAAUGGAGGACCCUAAUCCCGCAGAGAUACUGGCGCGUGCGGUGUAUUCAUGACCACUUCCUACCGGAGGAAUCGCUUCCGGCAGUAGAUGAGCUGGACUGGCGAUGGUUUUAUUUUAAUGUCGAUCAGAUGCUUUCCAACUCCAAUGGUUGGCUGAACCGGCUGCGAGUUAUGGAGAAUAUGGAGCAGAUCAAAGAACUUUUCUUGAAGAUUCUGGUCAGAUCCAAGUGAUUCUCUCGGCAAUGAACCUUCUCAUG